UGAGCGUUGUUACUGAAGUCCAACCCACUACCCAUGCUUUAUAAAAUCACAAAAUCCUGCACUGAUGCCAGAGUCUUUAUUGUCUGCCAAGAUAGCAACAUGGAACAGGAGAAUUUUCUCUCUGGGGGCGUUGCCUUGUUUCACGCUGUGGUCGAUGGCAAGCACUGUUAUGAAGUGGAUAAAGUUUUGACCACUAAGCCAAGUGAUUUGGGCAGAAAAGGGGACAAGAUCAUGAUGAUAAAUGAUGUCGAAACUGAACAUUUGCCUCCGAAGACGUUUGUCAGGAUGCUAAGCUCAGGGUCUCCAGUUCUGACUAUCCACCGGGCAAGUAUUGAUGAGGAAGAGAAGAAAUGCCCAGAGUCUGAAAGCAUGAGACCCUACCACAAAGAAAGGACAGUUUUAGACUUCAGUCUGGCUAUGGUGAGAGAAACAUGUCUGGAUAAAGAUGAAGAAAAUCCACUGGUGCCAGAAGAGUCUGAAUGGGAGAGCGGUGAUCCAGAAAGUGAUUCGUUCACUGACGAGGAAUUUCUGCUUGUGUCUAUGACUAACACAAGUGUAUCAAUUAUUGAAGCUAGAGGAUGUGAUGACCAAAAAUCCUGCAACAUUUGUGGUGGUACAGGAUGCACCCUCAAUGACGUUGUUGUGGGCACUACCCAAAGUAACAUCACAUCAGUUUGCAGAAAAUAUGUGGAAAAACAUUUUGAAAGUGAUCAAGUUUUGGUCCAGAGUUUACUGAAAAAAAACAUCUGUCCUGAAAAUAUCCCCCAUCCAGGAUGUCAAACGCCUCACACAAGGAGUCCCACCACAGCGAACAUCACGAUCUACUACUAUAUGUCAAAUGCAGAAGAAGAUUUUGAUAAAGGUGUUCCUGUUGUUUUGAACUUCAGCCAUUCCACAAACUUUCUUAAAUGCAUAUGUAAGAAUGACAGACCAGUUCUGACUAUUGAGUGCUGUGAGAAAAGCAAGCUGCAGUCUAUCUGCAAGGGUGACCCGUGCACAUGGCCUUUUGUCUUCUACCUGAAAACUACAAAGGCAAACCACCGCCAUUUUGAGUCGGCCAUGUACAGUGGUUGGUUCAUCCACACAAAACCUUCUGGCUUGGUAUGUGUGGACCGAGGGGCAGAUUUCCCAGAAAGUAACUUCUACAUCCUCGUCCACUUAUGAAAUUAACAAAAAAAGUUUUUAAUAUUUUAACUCAAACUUGGGUUGAAAUGAAAAGAUAUUCAAAUUUGUCAGAAGUAUGAAUUCACCAUCAUCAGUUAUCAUCAUCAUCAUGAGUUCCCAUCUGACAUUUAUCCAUCCAGUUACAUUUAUCUCUCAUUAUAAUUAAAGUCAUAUUUGGCUUAAAGUGUUACACAUGCUAAGAAUAAUUAUCUCUGCUUUUGUAAUUAUUAGUCACACUUGCAUUCAAUUUUUGAGUAUCAUUAAAUGGCAACUUUUACUCAGAGCUGGUGCGUAACUUAACUGCUAUUGCAGUAUUAAGUAAAUAUGUAUCAUAUCACAAUUUUUUGCAUUUUACAUUCAUUUUCACAUUAUUUUUGUAGCAUGUGCUUUUCUU